UCCUUCGUGGCAAAACUAAUAAUUCCGUAUAAAACAACCAGGAGACGUGAAUACAGUGAAUAGUGGAAAUGGCGACUGGUGCCGGCGGGAAGGUUUCUUUCAAGGUUACUCUCACCUCUGAUCCGAAGCUUCCUUUUAAAGUGUUUAGCGUUCCAGAAGGAGCUCCAUUCACCGCUGUUCUUAAAUUUGCUGCCGAAGAAUUCAAAGUACCACCCCAGACUAGUGCCAUCAUCACCAACGAUGGUGUUGGAAUCAAUCCUCAGCAAAGUGCAGGUAAUGUCUUCCUUAAACAUGGUUCAGAACUACGACUGAUUCCUCGCGAUAGGGUUGGUGCUUAGGCGAUGUAUUUCUGGAACUAUAUGGUUAUCUAAUUGAAGAGUGAGCCCAGGUUCUUACGCUCUUUUGGGUGUCUGCCGGUAUCGUUUACUUUCUUUAUAACUUGGUGAUCGUGCACUGUGUUUUAAGAUAUGAAGGCUUUAUCUGAUUAGCCAUUGAACAUUAUAUUUUGUGUCAUAUGUUGCAAGAAGAAAUAAAAAAUAUAGUUAUUGUUGUA